AUGGCAGCUCCAGGCGGAUUUCCAAUGAUGGUCAUGAACACUGGGCCAGAGCGUCAGACCGGACGUAAAGCCCAGACGGCCAACAUUGUCGCUGCAAAGACUGUUGCCGAUGUUAUCAGGACGUGUCUUGGCCCAAAGGCUAUGCUCAAGAUGAUUCUUGAUCCUAUGGGUGGAAUCUUACUGACAAACGACGGACAUGCCAUUUUGAGAGAGAUUGACGUGGCUCAUCCAGCUGCCAAAUCUAUGAUCGAGCUAUCCAGAACGCAGGACGAGGAAGUCGGCGAUGGGACGACCAGUGUCAUUAUCCUUGCCGGCGAGAUCCUUGCCUACUCUCUUCCCCUCCUCGAACGAAACAUUCACCCUGUCGUCAUCAUCCGAGCUUUCAAACAAGCCCUCAAUGAUGCCUUGGAAACCAUCUCUCAAAUCUCCACACCUGUAGACAUCUCCUCUCAGGCUGAUAUGCUUGCUAUUAUCAAGACGUCAAUAGGAACAAAGUUCUCCUCUCGAUGGUCCGACUUGAUGUGCUCUUUGGCUCUUCAAGCCGUUCAGACUGUCGCUGAGAGCGCCGAAGCGGAGAGCGGGAUGAUCGGUUCAUCGACCGACAGCAGCAUGGGCUCUGGAGGACCCUCCAUCUCUGUCAAGACGGUCGAUAUCAAACGGUAUGCCCGAGUCGAGAAAGUCCCAGGCGGAGAAAUCGAAGAUUGCAGAGUGCUCAAGGGAGUCAUGUUGAACAAGGACGUGACUCAUCCAAAGAUGAGGCGAAGAAUCGAAAAGCCCAGGAUCGUCUUGUUGGAUUGCCCGUUGGAAUACAAAAAGGGAGAAAGUCAGACCAAUAUCGAGAUUUCAAAAGAGGAAGAUUGGAACAGGGUGUUACAAAUUGAAGAGGAGCAGAUCAGAUCGAUGUGUGACAAGAUUGUAGAGUUCAAGCCGGAUCUCGUAUUCACCGAGAAGGGUGUCUCAGAUCUCGCUCAGCACUACCUCCUCAAAGCGAAUAUCACGACUAUUCGACGUGUCCGUAAAUCCGACAACAACCGUAUAGCACGUGCUGUUGGUGCGACGAUUGUGAACCGUGUUGAAGAUCUGAGGGACGAAGAUGUCGGUACAGGGUGUGGCGUCUUUUACAUUGAGAAGAUGGGCGACGAAUACUUUACAUUCCUGGACGAAUGUGUCUCACCGAAAGCCUGUACGAUCCUCCUCCGGGGACCUUCCAAGGACAUUCUCAGUGAGAUCGAUCGAAACCUCGCAGAUGCCAUGUCAGUUGCCCGAAAUGUCGUUUUCAAUCCUAUCCUCGCACCUGGAGGAGGAGCUACCGAGAUGGCCAUUUCCGUCGCCCUGGCUGAAAAGGCUAAACUCUUACCUGGAGUCGCUGGAGCCCCCUACAAGGCCAUCAGCGACGCUCUCGAGGUGAUCCCUAGGACUCUGGUCCAAAACUCGGGAGGUAACGCCAUCAGGACGUUGACAGAGUUGAGAGCCAAGCACGCAGCUGGAGAACACAUGUACGGUGUUGAUGGAGACACUGGCAAAGUGACAAAUAUGAGGGACUACGGGCUAUUGGAGUCUGCAAGCGUCAAGAUCCAGACACUGAAGACGGCCAUCGAGUCCGCCACGCUGUUACUCCGUGUUGACGACAUUGUUUCUGCCAAACGGCCAGAUGAGCAAUCCGGGGGUGGCGUGCAGACUAUGGGUGAAGGUAUGGGCGGUGAGGAAGGUGGUCCAGGUGGAAUGGAGGGCAUGGAGCAAUAG